UUUUUUUUUAAAUUUUUAUAUUUUUCCCUCAUUUAAAGAUUCUAAAAAAACAAUGGCCACCGUAAAUGUUGCUAAAAAUAUGUUGGAGCCUGUUAAAUCUUUGCCUAAAUAUUUUGGAAAUUUUAAGAAAAAUUUGUUCUAUUAUGUUAGCGAUAAACAUGGAGAUCGUUGGGCCAACCGAAAUAUGGCUUGGUUUAUUAUUGCAACUUGGACAACUGUCUAUUUUGUUGUUUCGACAAAGCUGGAGAAAAAAGCUUUGCGAUUGAAGGAAGAAAAGAAGCGUAUGAAGCCAGAUUUGGUUCGUGAUGCACUUGCGCGAGCAGGAAUUUCGACAAACUAA